GAUGGGCGGUGUCAGUUUAGAAACACUCACUUCUCACGAUUCAUCACGGUUAUAUUUCCUGCAGUGAUUCUACAACUGAGAGCCUCCUGUCUUCUGACUGAACAUCUGAAAUGGCAUUAAAUGGUAAAGUCGCAGUGGUGACUGGAGCAGCGGCGGGGAUUGGAAAAGCAAUAACAGAGAUACUCCUGAAAAAUGGGGCCAAGGUAGCCUUCCUGGAUGUGAAUGAGACUGCAGGGAAGAGUUUGAAGGAAACUCUGGACAAAGAGUACGGACAGGAGAGGACUUUGUUCCUGACCUGUAAUGUUGAGUCAGAGGAGCAGAUCAAAGCUGCCUUUCAGAAAACUGUAGAAAACUUCAGAGGAUUUGACAUCCUGUGCAACAACGCUGGCAUCUUGAAUGAGACCACAUGGAAGAAAAUGGUCUCCAUAAACCUGGUGGGUGUUAUCAGCGGGACUUACCUGGCUCUGGAGCACAUGAGCAAGUUGAGUGGAGGUCGGGGAGGGGUCAUCGUCAACACCGCAUCCAUGGCAGGUCUCGGCCCUCUACUGAGCUGUCCGGUCUACACAGCCACUAAGCACGGAGUGAUCGGCUUCACUCGAGCCAUGGCGGCUGCCUCUACCGCGUCAGGUUACGGUGUCCGGUUCAACGCCUGUUGCCCAGGUUUCGUCCAAACUGACCUUUUCACCACGAUUCCAUCCAAACUGGGACAAUUCUCCCACCUGGCUGAUGUAACUCAACAAUUAGCAGAUAAGAUGGGGAUUUUAACUGUGCCUGAGGUAGCAGAGUCCGUCCUGGAGCUGGUGACAGAUGAGACAAAGAAUGGGGAAGCCUUCCUGAUUUUCCGUCAAGGAAAGAAAUACGUGACUUUUCCUUCAUUCUCCUCAUAGCUCUCUGCAAUUACAAACCACAACAAACCUCAUACAGAAUGAGGUCUUUUAAUCAAAACCGCAAUGUUUAUCAGUGCCUCAAUGUACAAAAUUAAAAACUAUAUGCCCCUCAAGUGCCUUUGUGUACAGUAAACAAGGAAUAUGCAGCUAAAAUGUCUCAAUAAGUCACCAACACAAUGUGGACAUGAGGUCUUAAAGGUAUAAAGUUCUUUCAUUCAAUUUGCUAAUAGUUUAGGAUACCCAUUUUAUUCUAGAGCCCGAGGUUGCCUUAAAAUGCAAUGAAAACAAUAUUCAUACAGGUAAUAACAGUGAAUCAGUUUAAAUAAUGCUAACUACAAUACAUGUGCAAUAGUGUGUUCUUAAACUUUUAAACAUGCCUGAGUUCAAUGUGGGUAUUUUAAAGACUUCUGUGACCUGAUUUAAAAUCCAUGUAAUUUCCUGUAUUGACCAUUGGGAGUCACUAUUUAACUGAUGAAUGUGACAUCAGGACAAUUUUAAAGGCUCAGUUCAUCCAAAUGACCCUACAACUUAAUUUCUUUUCACUUAGCACUGUGUAAUUCCUGCUCAUUUUUAAUUAAUCAUAUCAUGUAAUUCUAGUUUGUUGAUAAUAAAUGCGCUAUUGCCUAA